AUGGAUCAACCUGCUGAUCUUUUCGAAUAUACGUCGGGCCGAUGGAUUUGGAACGAUGCCUCAAAGCACUCUGAACGAAGACGUGUUUUUGAUGUAUUAGAGCUCAAGCGCUUCGCGGCCGCAGCUGUCAAUCAGGACUUAGAAGAUGUGGCUUCUUUUGAAAAAUUGGCCGAAGGUGGAUUCAACAGAACCUUCCUAAUUACGAUGCGUGACGGCUUCAAGUUCGUUGGACGCAUCCCUUAUCUAACUACCGGACCAAAACAACUCGUCGUAGCUAGCGAAGUCGCGACGAUGGACUUCCUCCGUUCACAUGGUUUACCUGUUCCCCAGAUCUACAGUUACUCGGCUACGUCAGAAAACUCUGCUGGCACCGAAUAUGUCUUCAUGGAGCUAAUUCGGGGGACAAACUUGGGUGACAUAUGGUUUGACCUGUCCGAGAAGGCUAGAAUUACUGUUGUCUCAAAGCUAGUGGAGCAAGAGUCUCGACUCUUUGCUCUCCAGUUUCCAGCAAGCGGUAGUCUAUAUUACACCAAAGACUUACAAGAUGGGUUCAAUAAAGUUGAGGUUCCUAACGUCAGCCUAGCACGCGAUAGCGACUUUUGCGUUGGCCCAGAUACAAGAUUCGGCUUGUGGUAUGGAAAACGAGGCGAUGUUCAAGUUGAUCGUGGACCAUAUACAGAUCCAACAGCGGCACUCAUAGCCGGGGCUAGUAAGGAAAUCGCAUAUUUGACGAAGUUUGGCCAGCCGCUUCACCCUUUCCAGCGCCUGCGGCGAGAGAUCUACGAUUACCAAAAGCAAUCACCUAUAGAUCAUCUUGAUAGUCUGAACAGAUACCUGCGAGUUGCGCCACAUCUCAUUCCACAUAACGAAAGCCUUGCUCGCCCAACGCUAAGACAUCCCGAUCUCCAACCAAAUAAUGUGUUUGUCUCUGAUGAACUGGAAAUCACCGGUUUGAUCGAUUGGCAACACUCCACAAUCCUGCCGCUCUUCUUACAGUGCGGUAUUCCAAACAGUCUUCAGAAUUACGGUGACGACGUUUCGGAAUCGCUUAUAAAGCCUGAAUUACCAACCAAUUUCAACGAACUGAGCGAGAGAGAUCAGUACGAGCAAGUCGUGCUGCUACGCCGACGUCAACUUCACUUCUACUAUAUCGCAAUGACGUUAAAGCUAAACUCGACGCACUAUGACGCCCUGGCCUACGAGUUCAGCGUCCUGAGACGCAAAAUCUUUGAUCAUGCAAGUUAUCCAUGGGAAGGCGACAAUGUCACGCUAAAAGCCGACCUCAUCUACUUAAUGGAGAACUGGUCGAGCAUUGCUCAUCCAGAAUCGAGCACAAGUGGUGACUUAAAACCUCCUUGCCCAAUUUCGUUCACAGAAGACGAGGUGACCGAGUGUAAGCGUUUGAAUGCUGCACAGAUUGAGGCAGAUGAGCAACUGCAGACUUGUAGGGAUGUUAUCGGCGUCGGUUCCGAGGGAUGGGUACCCGUAGAGCAGUAUGAAGAGACAAAACAACGUGAAACCAAGCUGAAGGCCGAUGCGUUUAACGCAGCAGAGUCUGAGGAGGAACGAAUGAGGCUCUCCGAGCACUGGAUUUUUGACGAUUUUGAUGAAGAGGAGUAUUCGUAA